GAGGAAAUAACAGACACGGUUGGGCAGAGUCAGGACAAUAAAGGCUCCCCAACACACGCGUGGAAUGAAAACACCUGAAUUAGUUACUGGACUCCGCUUUGAUUCCAACUAAAGGUACAAUUCGACGACUUGGUAUAGUAGAGUUCCACUAUUUUGGAAGUUUUGCUGUUUUUGAUAGUGAUCUUCAAAAUAAUAAUACAGCUGGACUUGCUGGAAAUUGAGUUGGGACACCUUCACGAACUCUUGUAGCCUAUUUGUCUGAUUUGAAAAGCAAAUAUGUCCACAAUAAUGGAACAGCCUUUUUAUGACGACUCGUUUCUCUCUGCUUAUGGCCAUCCAGGCGCAGCCCUGCCAGACUACAAGUUGCUAAAGCAGAACAUGAACUUGAACUUCUCCGAUCCUUACCGGAGCUCCAACUUCAAGUCUCAGCACCUGCGCGCCGACACAGAGUUCUAUUCGGCGGCCGCGGCGGACUCGGGACCCCUCAAGCUCGCCUCCCCGGAUUUGGAGCGACUCAUCAUCCAGAACAGCAACGGGCUCAUCACCACCACGCCGACACCGAGCCAGUACCUUUACAACCGCGGCAUCACAGAGGAGCAGGAGGGUUUCGCUGAAGGUUUCGUGAAAGCGCUGGACGAUCUCCACAAGAUGAACCAAAUGGCACCGCCCAACGUGUCCAUCGGAACCGGUGGAGUCGCUUGCUCGGCACCCGGUUCGGUUUUCGGAUCAUCCAUGCAACCGGAACCGCUCGAGUACACCAACUUGAGCAGCUGCUCCACAAACCCCAGCAUGUCGUCGGCGGUCAGCUACCCGUCCACCACGAUCAGCUACCUGCCGCACCACCCCUACCACCAGCAGCACCCCCAAACCGCUGCGCACGCAUCUCACCCCUUCCACGCCGCCGGGCUCCACGCACAGCGCUUCGGCGGCCUGAAAGAGGAGCCUCAGACCGUCCCGGACAUGCACAGCAGCGACAACAGCUCGCCGCCCAUGUCCCCAAUCGACUUGGAGAACCAGGAACGCAUCAAAGCGGAGCGCAAGCGGCUCCGGAACAGACUGGCGGCCUCCAAGUGUCGGAGGCGCAAGCUGGAGCGCAUCGCCCGUCUGGAGGACAGAGUGAAGGUUCUGAAAACGGACAACGCCGGGCUAUCCAACACGGCCUCGCUUCUUCGGGAGCAGGUGGCCCAACUCAAACAGAAAGUGAGGACACACGUGAACAGCGGCUGUCAGCUCAUGUUGUCUCCCAAAGUCAAGUCUUACUGAGGAAGCAGAAGCACUUUGAAAAAACACUGGACUGGAACUGCACUGGGAAAAGUACUUGC